CCACCACCCAAUUUUUCUUGGUAGAAUCCAGAGUGUAGUUUUGACAUAUUUUAUUGUAACAAAUUUUCUCUUUUUUUAACAAAAUAGAAAACUUGAAAGUUGGCUGAAUAUUGAUUAGAAAAGCCAUUAUAAAAAAAGAAGUUGUUUAUUUUUUUGGACUACAAGGACUUAUUUCUGGCCUUAUUUUUUUUCUACCUUAGAUUUUUUUGUUUUACAUCUUUUAGUUGUUUCUCAAAGUUAAACUAUAUUUAUGUGCUGUUCAAAUUUCUCACAUUAAAUUUUUAAAAGAUGGACGAACAGCAAUUAUUGCAGCAAAUAGCCUCUCUUGCCGGCGCAAUCAACACUUACAAGAAUCAACAAGGAGUUACAAAUCCCCCAGAAAACCAAAAUACGAAAUGGAAAGCUAAAAAGUUUCCGCGAGCUGCAUCUCGAAAUCAGUCGCUCGUAGUGAACCCCUCUACAAAGGUCCCUCGGCCAUCUGGUGCAUCGGCACCCUACUCAAUUCCUUCAACGCAUCAUAACAUAAAGAAUGACGAAAAUUCCAUUACCGAUACUUCCCAAUAUGUAUCCAAAAAAGAUCGGCAUAUGCAGCUAAUUCGAAAAAAUAUUUUUGAGCUUGAUCUGCAGGCUAGGCAAGCUAGCUUGGAGUCCUACCGCGAAAAAAUCAAAAAUGAACGACGAUCACGUAUCCAAAACUACAUCCAAAGUACUCUGCAGAGUGGAAAGAAACAGCUUUUAUCAAUAGACAACCGUACUUAUUUGGCUGACGUUUCCAGUACAAGUGUUUUAGAAUACGUUGACGAAGACCCAAGCCCUCCGAAACACCUUUAUUGGAAUAACAAAGCUUACAUACAAACAAAGAAGAAUAUUUAUAAGGAGGUAGGCAAUUCUCCGUCUAGUGUCUAUUGCCGAUAUUAUAAUUCCAGUGGUUACUGUGCAAACGGAUCUUCAUGUAUGUUUGUACAUGAUCCUACCAGAAGAAUGAUUUGUCCAAAGUUUUUGAACGAGAAAUGUACAAAAGGUGAUAACUGUAGCCUUUCACAUGAUUUGGACACGAAGCGAAUACCCGCUUGCUAUUACUUUUUACAGGGUAAAUGCAAUAAUGUGAAUUGUCGUUAUGUUCAUGUACACUAUUCUGAGACUGCACCUAUUUGUUUUGAAUUCGCCAAGUAUAAUUAUUGCGAACGCGGCACUUCGUGCAAAGAGAAACACAUAUUACAGUGCGGUGAAUUCGCCAUCAAUGGUUCCUGUGCUAAUCCCCAAUGCCGUCUAUAUCAUGGAGCCCUUGAGAAGAGUGGUGAUCGAAAAACAGCUGACAAGCAAAAGGAUGCAACAAAUAUAGCAAAUAAUAAUUCUGGUGUAGACCAUAAACCGGCAGAUAUGAAUCAGUCAGUAGAUGAUAAUAUCGACUUUAUAUCGCUUUAGGCUUAGUUUAAUAUAGAUUAAUCAUAGAAUGAGAUGAAUAAUAAUGCGGAAUAUAAC